AUGCAGAAUGUAUGAGACAAGAAGAGAGGAGGGAGAAGUCGAGUCCGAGCUGAGCAGCUGCAGUUUUGUGUGUGUCUGCUUCUGUGAGGAUUUUUAGAUCCAUAACGUCACAUGGCAGACUUACAUCUUCGUGCCAUGGGACAAUAAAUUCCUCUGCUGCUAGACUGCAUCAGGAGUCAGCUGACUGAGGGGGGAAAAGAAGAGAGGAAGAGCGGUGAGGAGGAGGUAGAGCAAAGGAGGUUCCACGAGGCUCUUGAAGUAGCAGGAAGGGGGCUGGGCUUCUCUGACAAUGCUUCACGCCAAUAAGGACUUUCGCAAUGCUAACUUUGACCUGUGGACUGUGCAGUGUUUAGCACUGGCUGCUUGCAGGAGGACACAAGCUGCAUGGUGACUUUUUUGUUUGUUUUGUUUUGAGCCAAUUCAUCAGCAGAGGCAACUGACAUGCAGCGUGCACCGGAGGAGUGGAGGGAAGGAGCAGGGGAUGAGACAGUAGUCAAGAGGAGGAAGGGGGAUUCAGAAGACAUGAAGGGAGAGUGGAGGAAGAACGCAGGAGGCACAGGUGUGGAAGAGGUGGAGAAAGAGACGCUUAUGAUGGAGCUGACGAGGAUGGUGCAGAAGAUGGUGAAAGAGAGCAGCUGGUGGGAGAGGAGGGGGAUCGAUUGCAGCAUCCUGGCAGCAGCAUUCCUCUGUCUGCCUCCCGCCUUCCUGCUGCUGUCCUCCUCUCAGAUCCUGUGGUUUUCGGCGGGCAUGCUGCUGAUGGGCGUCGCUCACGGUGUCAUCACCAUCAAAGGAACACAUCUGGCCAGCCACGGGGCGCUGAGCGAGUCCCAGGCCUGGGGGAAGGUCUGGGCCGUCUUCUUCAUCGAGAUCUGUGGUUCGUUCUCAGCGCGAGCCGGCGUGCAGGGACACAUUAAGAUGCAUCAUGCUCAUACUAAUGUCAUUGGACUGGGUGACUCCAGCGUAUGGAAGGUCCCCUUCCUGCCUCGUUUUGUCUACCUGUUCUUAGCCCCCCUGGCCGUGCCCAUCAUCACUCCUCUUGUUGCACUCGCUCACCUCAAAGGACACUCUCUGGCCCACAUCGUCAGGACCAUCCUGAUGGUUGCGCUGGGCCUGUACUCACAGUACUGGCUGCUGAUCCACGUCUCCGGGUUCAUGUCCCCCCUCAGCACCUUGCUCUGUAUGCUCAUCUGCAGAGCCAUGUUCUCUGUGCCGUACAUCCAUGUCAACAUUUUCCAGCACAUUGGCCUCCCCAUGUUCUCCCCGACCGGCCGACCGAAGAGGAUCUACCAGAUGACCCACGGCGUCCUGAACCUGCCCCGCAACCCUGUGCUGGACUGGAUCUUUGGACACUCGCUUAUCAACUGCCACGUGGAGCAUCAUCUCUUCCCCUUCCUGUCUGAUAACAUGUGUUUAAAGGUGAAGCCCGUCGUGUCCAAGUAUCUGACUGAAAAACAGCUUCCAUACCAGGAGGACAGCUACCUCUCUCGUCUCAACCUCUUCUUCCACAAAUACCAGGAGCUGAUGGUAUUUGCUCCUCCGAUCACAGAGCUGGUGGGCGUGCAGUGAUGACGAUGAACUCUUCAGAAUAGUGACUGCUGCUGCUCAAAAAGCACAAGCUUCGGUGUUUUAAGUACAUUUCUGCCACCAUGUUACGACCUCCUUGAUCCAGGUUUGACCUGCUUCUGACGUACAUGACAGAGUCUGAAUCAACACGACACUGACACAGUGAAGAUUUAUGUUCAAUUAACACGACGUCUUCAUGAUUGAUUUUUUAAAAAUGAUUGUAUUAACUGAACAAAUAGCACAAAGACAAGUCAUUCAAACAAAAGCUUGGUUAGGUUUAAUGAGUUCUGCUUUACAGGUCACAGACAAACUGACCUGGGGUCUGUCUCACGAAGCCAAUUCAAUCCAUCUUGGCUCUGUCCUGGAUAACUGGUUUCACAGAGACUCAGAAGAUCAUAUUUAAUGAGACAUUAGUGCAGAGUGAGCAGUGGGUUUUUAUUUUAACAAUAUACAGCGUGCAUUGUGCUGCAGAGAAGAUUUGUCCCUCCUCUCUGUCCGUCCAGCUGCUGGCGUCCUGUCCCGACUGGGAACUUUAUUCACUGGAGCAGUAAGAAAAGAAAUCAAAUAUUCAUUCAGGUAAAAGUUACAGACAUUAAGCACAAUGGCAGAAAACCAGCAACAGAAAAAGAGAAAAAGAAUCAAAACAUGCUAUAAAUUGCCAUACGUUUACAGUAUCUUAUAAGCUUUAAUAAAUCUUUUAUAAUUUGUCAAAUCUGAACAAAUCCUGCUCUUUCCUAGUUGCCAUGGUAACGGACACCUGAUCAGUGAGACAGGCCCCUGCUCUCCUGUACAUAAUGAUGAUGUUUUUGUUUUUAUCAAUGCAAGUGUUUAAUUUGCUGUGUCCUCACCUCAGAAGCUCGUUCUCAUCCAUCCACUACUUGAGGACACAGACGUGUCUCAGUGUGUGUUUUUUUUAUAUGAUAAUAAUUGUAAAUCAUCCACGUUGUUUUCUUGCCUUUAUAACUCAAAUAAUCCAUUAUCCUAACGUCUGCCUCAUUAAGUUGUUCUCUGAUUGACAUUUGUGAUUGAAUAAAUGACUGUGUAUUUAUACACCUAAAAUAAAACUAUCCAUAAUUUCUUUAAAUGCUCCUACUCACACAUUUCAGAAUAAAAGUGAUUUUUUGACAUAAAAAUACUUAUAUACUAUAAGUAAUAGGGAUGUAAUGCAUCGCGAGACAGUUAAAAAUCGACACAAAUCGGCUGAGAUGAAAAAUGAAUCGCGAUGCCCUUUUUAAACAGCAGAGGGCGUAAUCUACUUUUGAUUUCAUGUGUUGGACGUCAUACGUCACUAGGUGUUAGACGUCGUACGUCACUGUCAGGUAUUGGUUCAGACGGAACGAGAGACAUGGCGGCGGUGGUAAGUUGGCACCGCCCUCUGCUGAUAUAAAAGGCAUCGCGAUUCAUUUUUCAUCUCAGCCGUUUUGCAUCGAUUUUUAACUGUCUUGCGAUGCAUCGUUACAUCCCUAAUAAGUAAUAAAUAAUAACUAUAAUAAACUAUAAGAAUAAAUACUAUAA